ACCUUGCAACCCUACUACUAUCUUGAAAACAGCGUGGCGAUUCACGAAAUUUCGGCAAGAUUUCUGUGAAUAUACUCGUUUCUUGAAAGUUGAUUGAUUGUUUAACAGACUCAAACUAUUGCACCUGUGCACAAUGUCUUUGACGUGUAUUGCUUGUAAAUUGCUUUUCUCAGUUCCUGAAUUACAUCAAGAACACUAUAAAUCUGAUUGGCAUCGUUAUAACUUAAAGAGAAGAAUUGCCGAAUUACCACCUUUAACGGAAGAAGAAUUUGAAGUAAAAGCUGAAGCUUUUAAAGCAAACGGUGAUGAAAGCAACAAGAAAGAGUCUUUACGUUGUGAUUCUUGUCACAAACAUUUCUCAUCAAAAAACGCCAUGGAUAACCACAUGAAAUCCAAAAAACAUCUAGAAAUUAAAUCAGCCGAAAUUAUUCAAGGAAAAAAAACAGUUGCUUUGAAAACUCCAAGUGUGGCCAUCAAAACUUCACCACCUGAAAAUAUUCCCCCAGCUGAUGAUGCAUCUGAUGAUGAGGGCUGGGAGGAUGAGGAUGAUGGAGAGUGGGAAAGUUGUGAUGAGGUUGAUGAAAAUAUCAAAACGAUUACCAUCGAUACUAAUGAUUGUUUAUUUUGUGAUCACCAAAGCGAUUCUGCAGAAAACAAUGUUGCACAUAUGACAGAGAACCAUUCAUUUUUCAUACCUGAUAUUGAAUGUGUUAAAGACCUGGAUGGUUUAAUUGCUUGUUUAGCAGCCAAAAUUUAUGUUCAUCAUAUUUGCUUGUGGUGUAAUGGGAAAGGCAGAGGUUUUAAAUCCGUCGGAUCUGUGCGAAGACACAUGUUUGACAAGGGGCAUUGUAAAAUGUUAUACGAAGGAGAAGCGUUAUUGGACUAUGCAGACUUUUACGACUACUCCUCCAGUGAUGAAGCAAAUGAGCAAAUUGAUGAAGAUGCUUUAAUCGAUUUGCUGGGAGAUUCUGACUUUGAGCUUGUUUUACCCUCUGGCACCACAUUAGGCCAUAGAUCAUUGUCAAUUUAUUAUAAGCAAAAUCUGAAACCGGUAUCUUCGGAUAAUGAGAAAAAAGUCAGGAAAAUAAUGCAGCAAUACAAAGCGCUGGGAUAUACUGGAACCUCUGGACCGGCAGCCGUCAAAAGAGCAAGAGACAUUGUUUUCAUGCAAAAGAUUAAAAAUAAGUAUAACCUUAAACUGGCAAUGAAACAGAACAAGUUUCAACCUCAUUUUAGACCGCAAGUUAUGUUUUAGUUGCAAGUGUCUGUAAAUGAUAUUCAAUAUAAAUUGCAAGAAAAUGAAUGUCCAAAAUCUUCUUUUUUUUUUUGGUUAGGUAACAAUAGUUCCUAUUGGAAUAUCUAAUCAAUGCACAAAGUAAAAGCACAGUAAGAAAAAAAACCCUAUACAAUAAUGUAUAACAAGAAAUUAAAACAUCAAAUAGCACAAGAUUAUUGCAGAUGUGAUCCAUAAGCACAUUUCUUUAACAUUGAAAAAGGCAUUCUUUCUUAACACUGACAGAUGUGUCUUCAAUUUGUUCUAUUUGAUGUUAUUUCCAAGGUUUGCAAGAUUUUGACAGUCUGAGGUUUCAUCCGGUUUUAACCGUGAUUUUUACCGUUAUGCCCCAAAGCAGAAUAUUACUAAAUUUACGACAUGUGUCGCAGAACACAUGCCUGAGCUGCAGAACAAUUCUGUUCAAAUGUGAGAGGAAAACUUUAGACAAAUUUUCUGCAGAAAUUCUAGAUUUUAGUGAAAUUUCUGCAGAAAAUCAGCAGAAACUGCAGAUUUUCUGCAAAUAUCUUCCAACGCUAGAUAAAAUUUUGCACAAAUUCAGCAAAUUUCUUUAAACUAGAAGAAAAUCUAAAAUUCUCGGAAAUUACAAUAGUUCGGCCGAAUGCUUGCAAAAAAUGUUCAAUUCGAUAGUCAUCUGCAGGAAUUUUAGAUUUACUUUGAACUUAAGAAAUCUGCAGACUUUGCACAAAGUUCUAUCCUGAGUUGGAAGAUAUUUGUAGAAAAUCUGCAGUUUCUGCAAAAAUUUCAUAUUUUAAAUCUGAAAAGAUUCCGAUUUUUCUAGCGUUUUUGGUUCCCCUUUUCCUUAUUUUUCCCAAUCAACCUUCUUCCACUGCAAUUUCCUCCAUAAACGUAUGUUUUGGAAACAUGUCAACAUUAAAAUGCUUCCAUUGUCGAAAAUUGCAUGUCUUGUUUUUGAGAUUUCAAUCCUUUUGCAUACUGAAAAUAUUUCAAUUAUUUAGAAAGUUUUUAUGUUUUUUUCUUUUAUUUGUGACCCUAAUUUUACUCAUUUUAUUUAUUAUUUUAGUUAUUUAUCUAUUUAUUAACAUUU